GGCAGCCUCAGACUACGUGCACAAAAGCGCCCUGAGUGGAAGCUACGCUCCUCUCAAGCUGUUGUAACGACGCAUUUCGCCACCAAGACAAGAUUAUCUACCGAGGGAAGUCUUACACUCUACCGGUGCUCCUACACAUCGUUGACUCACUGCUCACCAAACCCCGCCGUGGUUCCCCGGUUCCUGAGGUAUUUGUUGUGAUCGAGUAGUGCCAGCCAAACCAAGGCAAGACGUGACAAUGGCUCCCAUGAUGAUUGACCAGGACCCUGUCGCUGACCAGAUGUUUGAAGAGAUCCCGUUUGACGACGCAGACAUCAACGGCAUUAACUUCGACGAGAUUGCAAGCCUCGCUGACAUGUUCCCCGAAUUCGACAACACCAAGCUCACGGAGGACAACAACGGUCUGGACCUUGCCCCUGCUGCUCCCCAUGCCGUGAUGGUGCAGCCUGCCAACCCAGACCACUCCGCCCUCUUCAACACUUUCUCUAACUUGCAAGACCUGCAGCCUGUAUCUCCUGAAAUGUACGUGCUGCCUUCCUCUGACACCUUCAUGCAGCCUGCCCGUGAUGCCUCCUUCCUGCAGCCUGCUUCUCAUGGAGCACUGCUGCAGCCUGCUUCUCCAGGUGCACUGCUGCAGCCUGCUUCUCCCGGAAAAUUCCUGCAACCUGCUUCUCCCGGAACACUCCUGCAACCAGCUUCCCCUGGGACUUGCCUGCAGCCCCUAUCUCCUGCUGGGUACUCAAUCGAGCCUGAUUACUUGCAGCCCCAGCCUGUCCAGUACGUGCAGGCCGUCACUGUGGAGUCUGCAGUGCCUGUGUUGUCGUGCCCCACAUUGAAGGUGACUCCCGCUGAGGAGGUUGCCGAGGGGCCCAAGAAGCGUGGAAGGAAGCCCAAGUACCCUAAGGGCACAGCCCCUUCCCGUCGCAGCCGCCCCAGAAAGCAGAAAGUAUAUGAGAUGGCUCCCUUGUCUGAUGAGGCUCAGGAGAAGAAGCGCAAGAAUGCCAUCAAUGCCAAAAUUCACCGCGACAAGCAGAAGGAGCUCAGGACCUCUCUGUCCUUGCAGCUGCAGGAAGUCACUGCUGAGCGUGACGGCCUCCUCAAACUUGUGGAGGAGCUGAAGCGCAGUGAGGCCAGCUUGAGGCAGUUGCUUGCCAAGGGCAAGUGAAGUGCCUGCCUCACUGCCCCAUAGCAGUCUAGAAAGCUAUGAAUUGCCCGGAUAGCCGUGAACAGCGCUGGGUACACAUGCGCAGCUGGACGCGUCUUCUCGUCAGCUGCCAGUGUACUGUAGGAUCACUAGCUGGGCCUGUUGCUCUGCUGACGUCCUUCCUUGGCCACGCCGCCCCACUUCACUGUACGCCUCUUCCGAGUUGACCUCCAACCGCAGCGACGACCUUGUGUAUCCUGCCAUGGUUGACCUGGGUUCAUCCUACCGCAGUCCUCGCCCUCGCCGCAGUGGAGGAUUAAGUUUUCCUGCUCUUGACCACCACUACCACCACCACCACGCGCUCCAGAGAAAGAAUGGGCGCUGUUAGCCCUCUUUCUUCUUACACUGACAUGCACUCACCUCACUCACACACGCCACACCUACACCCACUGCCACAACUAAUGAUGCUUCCUUUUCAGGCGUUAGCUAGCCCUUUAGCUGUCUCAACAGGACUAUUUGCAGUUUAUGGAUACUAACAGAUCAUUUCUUAAGCUGAAGUAUCAUAAUCAUAAGUUAUGAAAUCUAAUAAUUUUCGAGUCACACUAAGGAACAGUCUCAGUUUUGUACAGAGUAAUUGUCCAAGUGUCAGAUUGAACUAUUGUGAUAUAAGUAAUCAUGGAAAUCAGCAAUUUUUCUAGUCACAUACUCAGGGAAUGGUCUUGGUCAUGUAGAGGUUCAGAGUUACAGAGUUUAGUAAUGCAGAGUUGUCUGGUAAAGUGAAUUUUCCCAGUAUUAUUAAUAUUUCUCUUCCAGUCCCAUGCCUCUUCCCAUGCUCAGAUUCCUCGCAUUUCAGGUGGACAACCACCACAGCGGCUACAACUGGCCUCGGACACCACUACAGCAUGCAACGCCACACACCUGCCCGAGCCUCGUCCAUCUGCUGCUUAUGCUGCUACUGCCGCUGUGCCUGCUGACCUCAUCUGGUGGACCACUGGAGUAUGGGUAGGAAUGGUAUCUGUAAAGGCUGAACAUACUACUGUUAUAUUUUUUCUAGGUAAGGUUAAUGUUUAGUGUAGUUUAUUUAGGAUUUGUGUGAUAUUGUGUAAGUAUGUAUGUUAAUUCAACUUUAUAUAUGCCAGGGAGAAUUUAGUUUUAAAGAUGUCAUAAGAUAUUUUUGUACUUAUUCAACAAAAAGGAAAGUUAUUGCAUUUUAGUUUGACACUUUCUUUUUGGUAUCCUUGCAUCACUAUCAUUUGAGGUAUCUUGGCAAAUUGGUCUCUCUCUCUCUCUCUCUCUCUCUCUCUCUCUCUCUCUCUCUCUCUCUCUCUCUCUCUCUCUCUCUCUCUCUCUCUCUCAGGGUGGGUGGGGGCUGUUCCCCAUCUUCCCAAAUCAUUUGCUUCUUGACUUUUCCUUGUUGAUCCUUUGCUUCUCUUGAGUUGCAGUGAAAUUUGUGAAAGUAAUGCCUUUAAUUCCUCCUAAGGCAAGAAUGAUGUUUGCAGAGAUGCCUUUCAGUUGCUUGUCAUUUAGCCUUGCUUAUGUUCACUGAGAUUGCAUUAUUCAUUCAUCUAUUUUGUUAUUUACUUUUUGACUCCCUCGUUCCCUUUCCCUGCCUUGCCUUGUGGUGUUCGUCAGGUGUGUGUGUGUGUGUGUGGUGUGUUGCCCACUUUUGCUGGGCGUGCUGUUUCUGUGUUAACUUUGACUACACACCUUUUCACACUCCUUGCCCCCCCCAACCCUCUGUUUGUUACGGAGUGGAGGGUCUACUAGCGCAUGCGUGUAUGUGUGUGUGUUUUGGUUCCAGUGUUUGCUAAUUCUUGAUCUAUUUUUAUUUCUGUCUUGAGGUAAAUUCUUGUCUACAGCUGUCACAUGGUUUAGUAUCUCUCUCUCUCUCUCUCUCUCUCUCUCUCUCUCUCUCUCUCUCUCUCUCUCUCUCUCUCUCUUUGUAGUGAUUGGUUUUCUUAAUUUGUUUAUUUUUAUUUAUUUUUUACUUUUUAGAUUAGCUUUAUUCAUUUCUCUAAUGUUGUGUAUUACGGUUUAGGAUUUCAUUGAUUAUCCUUUUAAUUCAUUGCCAAAUUUGAAGCACUUGUCUAUCUGUUUUUCCCUUAGAAUCAUGUUUUACCAUUCCUUGUUCCGUUCACUUACUACUUUUUCUCUGUAAUUCUCCCAGGUGUUCAAAUUUCAUACAUGCUUUUAAUCUUUAUUGUGUCUGCCUUAGUUACUUUAUUUAUCAUAACUCACCCAGUCUUUUGUAACUUUAUGGUGUCACAUCCUUACAAACUUACUGAUCAUUCCCUAUUCUUGCCAUAGACUCAACCAGUUCAGCAUUUAAUCUACUAAUUCUAUGUAUUUCAUCAUUAUAUUUAUCUCGGCUUACCCAGUCAGUAACUUAAUGGGUCACAUCCUUAGAAACUGACCCACCACUCCCUAUUCUUGCCAUAGACACAACCAGUUCAGCCUUUUUUAAUUUACAAUAUCUACCUAUUUCAUUUUAUUUAUCUCGGCUUACUCAGUCUUUGUAACUUAAUGGUGUCACAUCAUCACACUUUAUUCUUUUCUUAGACUCAGUAAUUCAAUCUUUUAAUCAUUACUAUACCCACCUGUUUCAUUGUAUUUGUCUUGGCUAACCCAGUCUCUGUAACUUAAUGGUGUCACAUCUUUAGAAAUUUAGUCAUCACCCAUUAUUCUUUUCCUAGAUUCACAAAUUCAACCUUUAUAUUUUCUCCUAAUGUAGAAAAUGUCAACCAGUGCAACCUUUGUAAUCUCUUGUAUAGAAAUUUUCCUAGUUUCAUCACAGGCUUGGUAUUUCCCCCAUCCUGUUUUUUUUUUUCCUAGUCAUGAUCAGUCCAGCCUUGUAACUCAUGAUUUUCCUAUAGUGCAAAGUUUCCUAGUGUUGUAUUCCAGGUUUUUUUUUCCUACAUUACUCAUUCUAGUCAUGCCUUUGUUACACCCUAGUCAGGUUCUAGUCAUGUGGCAACAGUCUAGUCAAAUGGCGCCAGUGAUAAGAUAAGAGAUAACUUGUGAUAGACUAAUCUUCAUGUACUGGGUAAUGUUCAUGUGUGUUGAAAGCUGAUUAUUGAUCUUUUUUAGUUUAUUUAUAUCUAUUUUUUUUUUCUGGUUUCUCUGUUUGAAAGCUUUUUUUUUUGUUAUUUAUCCAUUGAUUUUAUGAUUUUAUUCUUGUUUUUACUUUGUUUAUAUCUUUAGUUUAUUUAUUUAUUUUUUUUGUCUUGCUGUUUUUCCUUGUUUCUCUUACUUUGAAACCUUUUUGUUUUUAUUAUUUGUUUAUCUUUAUUGAUUUUUCCUUGACUUUUCUUGUUCCUAUUAGUUGAAAGUGCUUUUUUUUAUUGUAUUUCUCUUAUUUAUUAUUUUUUUGUUUCUCAUAUGUUAAUAAAGCAGUUCUUGUUAAUUUUGUGGUGUGUGUGUGUCUGUGUCAGGUUGGUAGAUCAAAUUGUGGUAGUGACUAGUGAAAGGUCUAUUUAUUUUGUUCAUUUGUUUUAUUUUGUAACUUAUUUGUUUUAUCCAUUCUAGUUAUGAAAGUAAUAUUAGGGUGCUGAGAUGAUUGGUAGACAAAGUUAUGAGCUAUUUAUUUUUUUUUUUUACAUAGGAACUUAUUUAUUCAUUCAUUUUUUCCCCAUUACCGUUAUGAAAGUAAUAUUUGAGAGUGCUGAAGUAAUAGGUAGACAGUUAUGAGUUACCAUAGAUUCAGUACAGUUUGGCAGCUAUUAGUACUGUUAGUCUGUGAUACACCUACCUAGUCUGUGAUAAGAUUACAGGUACCAUUAACCAGUAUGUGCAUACCUGUCACCUUACCUGUGAUAGAAAAAGUACAAAUGCUACAAUUUAAAAUACUAUUCUUAAAUCUGUGAUAGUGAUAGCGAAUGCAGGUUUCCUUUUUCUUUAUUUAUGUAUUUAUUUGCUAUGGAAGAGGAAAAAAAAGCCCACUUAGGUUAGAUGCCAGUUCCCUAGCAAGUCUAAUAAGUACUUAGCCUGUGAUAUUGAUAGUACAAUAGAUUAAUAAUGCACUAAGUCUGUGAUAUUGAUAGUACAGUAGAUUAAUAAUACACUAAGUCUGUGAUAGUGAUGAUGCAAUGCAGCAGGAUACCUUGUCUAGUGUUUUAUCUUCUUGUGAGUACAAAUAUUUAUUACAGGUUUAAUUAAAAGCUCAAAAUAGUUAUGUCUUUUUCUUUGUUCAAUCUUGUAAGUGAUGGAAAUAGAGUGAUGGCUCAGA